AUGGCUACUAGUGACGUCGUUGCCGAAGCCUUCCAGCACCUCUCUGUAGACACCCCUUCCCCAGCAGCACGCGCCUUUGACAAGGAGAUGCAGGGCGCGGGCAGCCUGGAGGGCGGCUUCCGCCUGAAGGCCUGCGGCGCGAGCGCACCGCUCGACGAGGCGUCCCCCGACGCGGCGGCCGGGCAGGCCGGGCGGUUGGAGCCGGCGGACACGCUGCUGCUGCCCGAGGCGGACCUGGCGCCGGCGCCGGCCACGGCGGACGGCUCGCUGGGGCCCGCGGUCAACGGCGGUCGGUACGACGAAGACUUGGUGGUGGAGCCGCUGCAGUCGCGCCUGCGGGCGCCGGAGGACAAUGGUUUCCCGCUGCACGGCGCCCGCCGCGCGCAGUUCCCCUACAGAUCGCCGGCCGGCGGCAGCGACGGCGGCGACGGAGAUUCAGGGGCCGACGGGCCGCGGCCAGGCCAAGUUGCCGACGCGGAGCAGCAUGAAGCGGGAGAGGAGGCAGCCGAGCAGGAAGCGGCGCAGCGGUGGCAGCAGCAGCACCAGCAGCAGCAGCAUUACCAGCAGCAGCAGCAGCCACAGCAGGGGAAGGCCGUGCUUGGCGCGCUGGCAGUGGAGGACGGACUGAGCGCGGACGAGGAUCAAGCUCGAGGGGGCAGCCAGCAGGUGGAGGCGGCAGAUGACCAGGACGAGGAGGCGGGGCCGACGGCCGCGCCUGCGCCAGCACACGCGGAGGCAGACGCAGCGCCUGCGGCCGAGCCGGACGCGGACGCCGAGGGUGAUGCCGAGCAGGAGGACGAGUCGCAGGCCGCGUCGGCGGCGGCGCCCGAGCGGUCGUCCGUGCGGUCAUCCGCUGUGAAGGUGACCGAGAUGUCCAAGCAGCUGAAGCAGCACUUUGAGAACGGCAUGCCUUUUGGCGGCAAGCCCAAAGAGCCCGAGACCAGCGCCAGCGGCGGCGGCGUCACGUCGCCGCGCUCCGCGGCCGCGCGCGCAUCGGGCGGGGCGUUCCUGACGCAGCACGACCUCGUCAACACGGCGAACGUUGCGCAGGUGCUGCAGGCUGGUGAGUUCAAGCUCAAGCCUGGCGUGGACGUGGUGCCGUACGCAGAGCUCAAGGAGCUGCGGCUUGAGGACGGCCUGGACGUUUCGCGCAAGGAGGAGUACCUGUCAGAGGAGGAGUUUGAGGUGGUGUUUGGGAUGGACAAGGAGGACUUCCAGGCCAUGCCGCCCUGGAAGCGCAUCAACGCGAAGAAGGCCAAGGGUCUCUUCUAA